GGCUUUUAUUUUGAAGUGAUUGUACUUGAGUGUCGGUGUGUUGAUCUGACAGACUACGGUGUGUGUGUUGAUCAUGACAGGAGAGGAUUUAGCACCUCUGUGAUUGUUUGGGCAGCUCUGAUGUGGUAGCCUUUAAUAUAAGAUUGAGUAAACAUGAGUGCGAUAAUGGACCAAUCAGAUCGUUCUCCAUUAAAGCGCUUUGUGCUGGCCAAAAAGAAGAUCGGCGAAGUCUUUGAACAGCUUUUAACUUAUGUACAGGAGGGCUCAGAGUUUGUAAAAGAAACCUGUUCAAAUGAGUCGUUGGAGAAUAUUGCAAACAGAAGUCAGUUGGAUGAAAUCGAGACGUUUACAAGCAAACUGUCCACUAUUAAAGAGGUGUUAGCUCGCAGACACAUGAAGGUUGCCUUCUUCGGCAGAACAAGCAAUGGUAAGAGCAGCGUUAUAAACGCCAUGCUGCAUGACCGCGUGCUACCCAGUGGCAUCGGUCACACGACCAACUGCUUUCUGAGCGUGGAGGGGACGGAUGAGGACAAGGCUUAUCUGAAGACUGACGGUUCUGAGGAGGAGAAGAGCAUCAAGACAGUAAAUCAGUUGGCCCAUGCGUUACACAUGGAUGAGAGUUUGGACGCUGGCUGUCUUGUCAAAGUGUUUUGGCCCAAGACAAAGUGUGCUCUGCUCAGAGAUGACCUGGUUUUGAUGGACAGUCCUGGUACUGAUGUCACCACACAGCUGGACAGCUGGAUUGAUAAGUUCUGUCUGGACGCUGAUGUGUUUGUGCUGGUGGCAAAUUCUGAAUCUACACUAAUGAAUACAGAGAAACAUUUCUUCCACAAAGUCAAUGAACGCCUGUCAAAGCCUAAUAUCUUCAUCCUGAACAAUCGCUGGGACGCGUCUGCUUCCGAACCCGAGUACAUGGAGGAUGUGCGGAAGCAGCACACAGACAGGUGCGUGAACUUCCUGGUGGAGGAACUGAAGGUUGUGGACCAUCGCCAGGCGCCCAAUCGCAUUUUCUUUGUGUCUGCAAAGGAGGUGCUGAACUCACGCAUGCAGCGGGCUCAGGGUAUGCCAGAGACGGGGGGCGCUCUUGCUGAAGGGUUUGAAGAGCGAAUGAAGGAGUUCCAGAACUUUGAAAGAUCAUUUGAGGAGUGUAUCUCGCAUUCAGCAGUGAAAACAAAGUUUGAGCAGCACACCAUCAGAGCCAAGCAGAUCACUGAAACUGUCAAAAACAUCAUGGAUCAAAUCAACAUCACCGCUGCUGAAAAGAGGGUCGUCUCUCUGGAGGAGAGAGAGUAUCUGAUCGACCGACUCGAUUUCGUCCGCAAUCAACUCAAUCUGCUCAUCCAGGACAUCAAGAAGAGGAUCAAGCUCAUCACAGAGGAGGUGGAGAAUAAGGUGUCAAGCGCGAUGGCAGAAGAGAUCUGCCGACUCUCUGUGAUCAUAGAUGAGUUUCGUUCAGAUUUCCACCCGUCACCUCACGUGCUCAUGAUGUACAAAUCUAAUCUUCUGGGCCACAUCGAGCAGGGCAUGGGCAAGAAUUUGGCCUACCGCUGCUCUGAUGCAGUCAAUGCGACCGUGCAGUCCUCUCAGCAAGACAUGAUCGAAUUACUGAAGCCUCUGCUGCCCUCUUCUGUUCAGGAUCAGAUCCACACGUUCAUCCCCAGCAGAAAGUUUGAGCUCAGCUAUGAUCUGAACUGUGCUACUCUCUGUUCAGACUUUCAGGAGAACAUUGAGUUUCAGUUUUCUUGGGGCUGGACCGCUCUGGUCCACCGCUUCCUGGGACCGGUUAAUGCCAAACGUGCCUUAAUGCUGGUGGAUCACAACUUACAGCUGACUGGACCGAGUACACCAUCAGCCCCAGCGGUGGUUCAGUCUCCGAUGUCUACAGCUCCUGCAGGUCAAGCUCAGAAUCAAGCAGCACUGACACAAGAAGAGCUCAUGAUGUCCAUGAUGACCAACCUGGCGUCUGUCACCUCACGCACAUCCAUGAGCGUCAUCAUUGUUGGAGGAGUGGUGUGGCGGACGGUGGGUUGGCGUCUGAUCGCUGUCUCCAUGAGUCUCUAUGGGAUGCUGUAUCUGUAUGAGAGACUCACCUGGACCACCAAAGCCAAAGAGCGAGCUUUGAAGAAACAGUUUGUGGAUUAUGCCACUGACAGACUGAAAAUGAUCAUCAGUUUUACCAGCUCAAACUGCAGUCAUCAGGUUCAGCAGGAGAUGGCCAGCACAUUCGCACGACUCUGUCAGCAGGUUGAUAUCACACAGAAAGACUUAGAGACCGAAAUUAAACGCCUCACAACCAAGAUCCAACAGCUGGAGACUGUACAGAACCGCUCCAAAGUGCUCAGACAUAAAGCCACAAGUCUGGAGAAACAGCUGGAGGAGUUCAGCUCUCAGUAUCUGCUGUCUCAGAAAAUGAUGUAACACACAAAUACUGUACAAUCUCACCAUAUACCCUGAUGUUCAGAGGACAGAUGUUUGGAGGAAUAAAGCAUGUUACUUGUAGUGAAAUGUAAAACAUGUAUCCUUGAAGUUAAAGGAAGAUGAUUUAUGUGUUUUCUGUAUGAAGAUUACAUUGCAGUGGGACAUUUCAGAAACAUUUAUGAACUGUGAAACUGAAGCGAUUUUCUGCUGGACAUAUAAAGAAAUGUUUUCUGUUCGGGAUAAUGAAGGUGAAAUACUCGAUUUCAUAAAACUCGACUCAUUCAGUUGUCAUUUUGCACAGAACCGUUCUCUUCAGAAAGAGAUGAUGGUCAUGCUUUCACACAAUAAAAUCUGAUUUUCUAGAUUUGCCUUUUGAUCACAAAGCCUAUUUUCUGUACUUUUACCUGAAAACAUUUAAACUGUAUUGUAACAAGUACUAGUAAUAUGCAGUAAAAAUCAACAAAUUAAAAUAUUAUGACAUGUGAUUUUGUGAUUAUUGUCAUUUACUGCCUGAAAUCAACUCUAGUUGUUGAAAAAAUAUCAAAUAACUACGCUGUUUGGUUACCCUUAUAAAAAAUAUAGUGACCAAAGUCUUAAUUGUAGUAAAGUCAUGGUAACCAUGAAAAUACUUUGGUCUCACCACUGUAGCCCAGCCAUGAUAUUUGUAGUAAAACUUUGGUUAUAAAUGGUUACUACACUUUUACUAUAAUACAACUAUAGUUAAUCUUCCCAAGGGUAUUGGCCUUGUAAAUCUAUUUUGAGGUUAUUUUACUGUGCUAAAAAACAUUUAACCCUUGUGGGUUGUUGAGGCCAUUUUUGUUUUUUUAUGAAUUAAUUUGGCCACAACUUUCUGUGUUUCAGCAAAUGGAAUGAUUUUUGGUGACAAAUCUUAUAUUUACACAUACUUUGAGAAAAUGCUUUGAAAUUUUUCAAAAACUCAACAAUAUUCCGUGUUCAAAUGUACUACCCUUUCGGCUGGUUCGUGUACAAAAAAGCCACUAAUUUAAAGGCGGAGUCCACGAUGUUUGAAAAACGCGUUGGAAAAAGAGACGGGCCGACUACCAAAACACACUUAUAGCCAAUCAAAUCAAAUCAAAUGCCGGUUUGCGUAUGUGUGGGGCGGGUCUAUCAACAGAAGGUCCAGAUUCUAUUGGGGUAGGGGCGUGUUUGUUUGGGUGAUUUCAAAUAUCAACAUUGGCUUUCAAACAUCGUGGACUCCGCCUUUAAGCGGCUGUAAAAAUGUAUCAGAUGAAUAUUUUUUCCAAUUUGUUUUUUUCAUAAAUCUGUUAAUCGCCCUCAGUACUGAUCAAAACUACCAAAUACUUAAAAAAAUUUCCAUGAUUUUAACUCUUUAAUUUCCAAGUUCAUAAGUGCUGUCACUGAUUUGAUGAAAAACAAAACAGACAAAAUUACAGAUUUUCAAUAUACAUUUUUUUUUACCUUUUUAACCUUCUUGGGCUUGUCAAAGAUUGGUAAAAACAUUAGCUUUGAUGCAUUUUUAGUUUUUGUGCAGCAUCAGUUUUUAUUUUUUUCUGCCUAAUUAGUUGUUUGUGGCUUUUUUGCCCCAUUGACUUCCAUUAUAAUCACAUUUUUUGAUUGCAAAGCCAUGACAUCAUAUUAUCAUGCAUUCUUGAUUGUUGGCGGUUUUUCCUUUUGCUAAGAGGUCAAAUUUGUCAUUUUUAUUGUUGAUCACCAUGUGGCACCAUUAACCCUUUAGUAGGCCUGUGCAGAAAACAGCUUAAUUUCUGGCUGCAUAGAUUUAUAAAAAAAUUUGAAAAAAUUAAUCAGAUAAAUGUUUACAGCCGUUUAAUUCAGUGGCCUUUUUUGUACACGAACAACCCUAAAGGGUAGUGAAUGGGAACAACCCACAAGGGUUAAGUUAGUUUAAAGGAGAAUUAAGACUCGCACGCAAAGAAAAGUUCAUGUGGCGGGACGUGACAAAUUGGCAUUAAUUUCUGAGGAAAGCAGCUCAAAUUUGAUUAGAUUAUAACAUCAGAUGUGUAUUAAGAUUCAGGUGACCUUCAGGUGAGUGUCCAAAUGAAUGCAUGUAAGAUUAAUGAAAACUGCACACAUACACAGGAAUCUUUAUUUAUGGUUAAAAGUCAUUCUUUUUAUUGGUUAUAUCGGUGUAUGGCAACAUUAUAACCAUGUUACUUAACAAAUACCAAAAAAGUUGAGAAAUAAAAUGUUAUUAAAUUGAUUAUUUGAAAUUAUGGCACUGUGAAACUACACAAGGCACCACACUUCUGGUGUUACUGGCUUUAAAACACAAUGCAGAAUACAAAUCAGCCAAAGUAAAAUACUCAUGAAUACUUGUAUUGGGAAUGUAAAUGAGUUGUUUGGCCUGUUGCAUGGAAAAUAAAAAUAGUUUCAAGUCUUCAGCAUUUUUGUUAAAGCUCCUAAAGUUUUUACAUUUGCAUUUUGGCCAUGGACAUGAUUGUAAACCACAACUACUAACAGCUAGAUGUUAAACUGUUCAAUUCAACCGGAUAAAAAACAACCAUUUAAUCAACCAAUAAUAAAAAAACAAGAAUUACUAGCUGGCAA